AUGGCACGUAAAUCAAUAGACUUUACGAGGUCGUUGUUGAAUUUUCAUAGGGAGUUUAACUCUCGUGAACGAGAGAAACGUCAGAAUUUAUCGUUGGAUAUCCAUGGCGCUACAAGAUCAAAUCUAAGAAAACAACCCAAUCAUGAUAAGGAAGAUGAAGAUGUAGAAGUCAGUGAAGUUGAGAAAAUGAAGGAUGUUGUUGAUCAAAAAGUAAGAGAUGAUGAUGCUUAUGAAUCUCUCAAAGCUAAAUUUACCAUACAGAACAAUUCAUUAGCUAAAAGUAAUGCAGUACUUACAUCAAAAAUAUCUGAUUUAGAGAUGAAAGUUGGUGAAUUGAUCAAUGAAAAUAUGAGUUUAAGAAAGACUAAGACAUUACAUGAUACAGCAAGUAAACAACAGUUGGAUGAGACAAUUGGUCAAGUUGAAAAGGAAUUGACUCAUAAAUUUGAUGAAAUUUUCCAAAUCUUUAAGAAAUUUAGAGAAAGUGAAGGAUUACCUAUAAAUAGUCAACUAGAAGCUACCACUGAUAAACCAAUCAUAGAGUCAACUCCUCAACCAUUUAGUUUUCCUACAACUACGUCUAUUUUUGAUUCAUUUGACUCCGAGACCAUAAACAAGAAAACAACAGAUCCAAUCAUUGUGCCAGAUCCUCAACCACAAACAAUAAUAGAUCUGGAACCAGAAGUCAUAAAACCAAUCCUGAAGCAAAAUAUUGACAUCCCCAACCCAGCAAUAACAAACAGAUCCAACAGUGUCACAGAGAGACGGAAGAGACAAACUAUAUCUGUUUUUGAGGAUCGAGAGCAGUCAGCUGAUGAUCUUAAUAAGGCAAAACAAAUAAUUGAUCAAAUCAUCCGAAGAUCACAAGAAGCAGAAACAGUACCCGUUGUUACCAAACAAGUAUCACCAGAAGUUGCUAAUCAUAAAGAAGCCGAUACAGAUGAUUUUGUAACGUCAAAAUCUGCAGAAUCUACACCUGAAACAGCCAAUGAGCUUGAAAGACCUCGAAGACCAUUAAGAAACAGAGGUGAAGUUAAUUAUAAACCUCUCCUGUUACGAGGGAAAAUGAGACGAGAGUCAACUCACUUGGUUGAUGCUGUUGAUGAAAAUGCAUACAUCAAUUAUACUAUUCCAACCGUAAAGAUAGAGUCAAAUAAUGAGAAGAAAAGACGUACGUUAGGACCAAAUGAAAUUUCUAAUAAACGGAAACCAUUAGGUAAUAAGACUAAUACUUACAACAAUAAUACUCAAUCUGAAAAGGAACCAACACCAGAUGCAAAGCCAUCAUCAACUUUCAGCACAGAUCAAUUAUCAGUAUUUGAUUUUGAAGAAUUUCCAUCUAGUCAAUCCAAAUAUAUCGGAAAAAGAAAAGGUGGCAAGACUAACAGAAGAUAUACAACAUUUACGCAUUAA